AUGUCCAAACGUCAGUAUUCUGAUCGGUCUUCUUCACCUGCAAGUACUGCAAGAAAAGUUGUUUGCCCACAUAUCGAAAGAUAUUUUAAGCAUGGUUCGCCGGUAGCAAAGAUUGAAUCUUCCGCUUUCAAGAAACAGCUUUCUAGUUCUACACUUUCUUGUGACUGGUGCGAGACCAGAAUUCCAAGAAGUCGAUGUCGCACCGUUGUUUGUAGUAGUAAUUCCAGGUCUCAUAUGCGUGAACAUUUUGAUAUCACAUAUAAGGAAAGUAAACCUGAGGCUAGUCAUGCCGUAUAUAUCAAUCCACGUACUUUAACUAUAUGGUGUUAUGGCUGUGGGAUUGAAAUAAAUCCGUUUAGUAAGGAUCAAGAAUUAUCUCAAGAAACACGAAAUUAUUUAAAAACUGUUCAGGUCAAACGAAUUAAAUCACAACACUCAAAUGAUCAAUUGCCAAUUGAUGUUCCUGUCUAUUUUAAUGUUUCUUCUUUACUUGUUCUUAGUCCUGCAAUAAUAAAUUAUUUUAACUAUUGCAAUGCAUAUAUUCCGCGAAACAACAUUAAUGUUAAUCCAAGGCACCCCAAAUAUCGGUUGGCUGAACCUUUUAAUCAAUUCAUAGAAGCUAUGUGGAGUGGUACCAGUCCAAUUUUUGCUCCUAUUAAGUUAAUCAAUGAGAUCAAAAGGCAUAAUGAAGCCUUUCGAGGUUUUUCACAAGAGGAUUCUGCGGAAUUUCUCCGUGUUAUCUUGGAUAGACUUCAUGAAGAACUUCCGUACCCACAAAAUACGUCGAACCAUACGCAAAUAAAUGGCAACAUCAACAAUCUUGUAUAUAUGAAUAAUUUUCCAUCAGCAGGUGCUGGUGUUGAUACUAUGCAUUAUGCGUCUGGAAUUUCUUCUCCAGCGUCUUCGGCAUCUUCAACUACUACAUCAAAAACUUAUGAAAAGUUUCAGAGACGUCACUCUUCAUCUCUUAGCAUAAUUAGUGACGUAUUUCAAGGCGUUUAUGAAAGCAAAAUUAAAUGCCUUCAUUGUAAGAAGGAAUCUUCGAAGGAUGAUGACUUUUACGUUCUUCCGAUUCAAGUUGAUAAAAAAUUUCGGCUUAAAUCUCAAGAAAAAGGUUCAAAUGGUGUUUUAAAUAAUGUAGUAGGUUCUAUAGGUGAUUGGUUAGGCAUUGGUGGACGAACAGUAAAACUACAGGACUGUCUUGCUGCAUUCUGUGCCACAGAAAAUCUUACUGGUGAAGAUAAAUACAGAUGUGACGGAUGCAAGUCCUUGACUGAUUGUCAAAAAGUAUUAAGAAUAACGCGGCUGCCAGAGUCGCUUUGUAUACAAAUUAAACGAUUUCGUUUUGAUUCUUAUCUUUCAACUAAAAUCGUAACAAAUGUUCAAUUUCCAAUGGAGGAUUUGGAUAUGAGCCCUUAUUGUAAAGAAUCAAGAGAUUCUUUAGAUAAUUCAAAAUAUAGUUUAUAUGGAUUGAUUCAUCAUCGUGGUGUGAUUGGAGGUGGCCAUUAUGUUGCAUAUGCUAAAAAUCCUAUUGACGAUAAUUGGUAUGAGUUUGAUGAUACGUAUGUUACAAGAAAGACUGCGACCGAGGUAUCUCGAUUAGAAGCGUAUGUAUUAUUCUAUAGAAAAACAAAUCUAGAAAAAGAAGAAGAAAGGCAAGAAAUCCUUUCGAAAAUAAGCGAUUCUGAAUCUGAGGCACACUUAUUUGUUUCUCGACUAUGGUUUAAUAGAUGGCAAUUUAUGAUGACACCCGGUCCGAUAACUAAUAAUGAUUUCAUUUGUUCACAUGGAGGUGUUAAUUGGAGAGUUUACCCUAAGCUUCACGAUAUGGUUGUAAGGAUACCGUUCAGCGUUUAUACCUUAUUAAUGGAAAAAUAUGGUACAGAUGGAAGUCAACCUUUCCAUGCAGAUGAUUAUUCACGCGCCGGGUGCAAAAUAUGCGAGCAAGAGGAAAGAAAGUUAGAUCAAAGACGUCGUAAAGAAGCUCACGAUAUUAAUCAAAUAGAUACAAAUACAAUAAGCCGUGGUGAAUGUUGGUAUUUAAUAAGCAACUCUUGGCUUCAAAGUUGGCAUAGCUUCAAGGACGGAGGACCGUUACCUGGUACAAUUGAUAACACAACUUUUCUUCGGGAGGAUGGAAGGCCAAAACCUGGUAUGAGAAGAGCAAUUGAUUAUAGAGCUGUGAAUGCUAGAGUUUGGAAUUAUUUUGUACAUUCUUAUGGAGGUGGCCCUAUAUGUAUUCGAGGUACAAUUGAUCUUUACUCUUCACCUUACUCGUUAUGA